CCUAUAGGGAGUUUUUUCGGAAUAAAAUGGAUAGGCGAAUAGUUUUGAUAAAUCCGAAAAUUAUUAGAAAUUCAAAAUCAACGAGUGACAUCAGGAAUAAAUUGCAGUGCGGUCCUUUUCCGCCUCUCAUCCUUAGAGGACAUCAAACUUCUAGUGUUGUAAGUGAAAAGUGAAUAGCCGAAGAAGCUGGCGGAUGUUUCAAUUAUUGAGGAAAUUUGCUCCCGAAAGGGAUCGCGUUGUGGCAUAGAUGAAAAUUGAGGGUGGUGAGAAGAAGUCAAUGUGACAAAUACAUUAAACAGGAGGUAGAUAGUAAGAGCAAGUGCGCACGAAAAAGGAUACGUACGUAUGCAGCGUGAAAAAAGUUGUCGAUUUUUCGUAUAGUUACAUAAAAUUCAGUGGGAAAGGAAUAUAGGAGAGCAAUCCUCUGGGGAAACGUGUAUCGUGUUGAUUGCAUUUUUGUUCGACGUGGUGUGAUAAAUUAUUCAUCGCAAAAUUCCCUCAUCCUCGGCAGUGCUUUUGGUUGCAGAGUUGAGGUUGGCAAAGAUGGGUACCGUACUAAGUUUCAGUCCCCGGGAGCGUCGACCCAUUUAUUCGACGCAUCAUCACAGCGCUGGAACGCUAUCGUCGUCCAAUUCGGCAGACUUUCCUCUCAAUAACUACUCGUACGAGCAGUUGAACAACGUCAAAAACCGAGAGAACACCAAACCGCCUAAUCUGAUACAAGCGGUUCCGAACAAUAGUAGUAUUAACAACAAUAAUCUCAACAUCGGUACCAAGGACGACGGCAAGAACAACAAUACAAAUAAUGCUGGAACACUGAUGCUUCUCCAGCAGAAUCACCCAUCCAACAUUAAUGGAAACGCCAACAUCAACAGCAUCAACAACAACAUUAACAGCAACAACAAUAGUAACAGCAUACAGGAACGCAACAACAAUAAUAAUUCUAGUAAUACCGACAGUGCUCGCAUACUCUCGGAGAAGAAUGCUCUCGAAAAGAAUCUCAAGAAGCAUUCCCUGUUCAUCAACGCCCUCUCGUGGAAGCGACUGGCAGCCUCUCAUGGCAAGAAAAAGCUGGACAACCAGAAGAACAAGUCGGCCAACCUGGGGUCGGCCACGUUCCGCACUCCGUUAACGGACACCAUCCAUCCCAUGGUGGAUAAAAACAAGAACCUCCAGCAGUCGCAAUCCUUCACGCAGCCCAUCUCCCAGCAGUUGCAGGUUCCGAACCAGCAACCCGCCGCCAUUCAACUGCAACAGCAGCAACACUCCCAUCCGCAACAAACGGUAUACUUUACCCCCGGAGGUCCGAAGGCUCUGCUAGCCCUCGAUCUGGUGCGGGCCAACAAUACCAAUCCGCUAUCGCAGCCGGACAAGCUGGCACCAAAGUUGCCACUGCAGUUGCCCUUGCCGCUUCAACCGAUCCUCAGCCAACAGCAAGCGGCAGCGGCGGCGGCCGUUGCCCAACAGCAGCAGAGUCAACUGUCGCAGCAGUUGCACCAUGCCGGACAUGGGCCGCGGAAAACCGUCAUUCAGGCCUCUACGUCAGAGCUGCUAAAGUGUCUGGGAAUGUUCCUUCACGACCGGUGCCGAAAGUUGCGAGAUUUCCAAGCAGGUGACGCCGUGAUGUGGCUGCGGGCAGUCGAUCGGAGUUUACUGCUUCAAGGGUGGCAGGACGUAGCUUUCAUCAACCCGGCCAAUGUGGUGUUCGUGUACAUGCUGGUCCGGGAGCUGGUGGACGGCGAGGAGACAAAGGAAGUAGAACUGCAGGCAGCGGUACUUACCUGUCUCUAUCUGUCCUACUCGUACAUGGGCAACGAGAUUAGCUACCCACUGAAACCGUUCCUAGUGGAAGAUUCGAAGGACAAAUUCUGGGAUCGGUGUCUUCUGAUCGUGAACCGAUUGUCCUCCAACAUGCUGCGGAUCAACGCGGAGCCGGGCUUCUUCACCGAGAUCUUCACCGAACUGAAGGCCUGCGGUAUGAACUCGUCCAGUUCGAACUCUAACGGAAACCUACCGUGCGGUGCGGCUUGACGCAGCAACAGCAGCAGUCGUCAUCCCCGAGAGGUUGUUGUCCGGCUGUCGAUUGCCGGCCAACAGCAGAAGUACCAGCACCAGACGACCCUCCAAGAGCUGACCAGUGUUGUCUGAAUGGGAACGGUACGCGAGUGCGGGCCAGCAUGGCCGGAGUGUAGCGCCCAGCCGCAUGAUUCAACGAGAGCGCUCAGCCUACUACAACUGUAACUCAUAGCAUCACUAUACCCACCAUAGCGCAGCAGUCAUAAUGAAACGAACCGAUACUCAAUUUGGUAAGCGGUUCCAGUGGUCUAAACCGUAGCACCCAUCAUCACGACAGAAACAAUAGUUGAAAAGCAGAACAAUACAAACUGGGCUUGGGAGUUCUCGAACCAACGAAUGCGAAAUAAACGGUCUCAUGGGGGUCAGACAGUCAGAGUAGUUCAGUAAUUCACAUUGAAGUUGAGUAACCAAACACGACACAUAACACACACCCACACCACACAUGUAGCAAGGGAAUAACAGAAACCAUUUUUGUUUUGUUAACGAUCCUUAUAAGAAAUACUGUAGUGAUUCCCGAAUUAUAGAGUAGUAAAUCCACAAAACAAAACAAAAAAAAAGUUUAGACUCGUUAAAAGUUUUCCCGAGAGCUGUCGAACGGGAUCGAAUGUGAAUUUAAGAGACGAAAGUCCAUAAUUUCCAGUCCGUAUCCUAAACUCCUCCAAAAAUUUAAAGUCAAACGUAGGGGCAAAAGAAAUGGGUGUUUACCGAAAUGUGAAGAGGAUGAACCCAGCAAAAAAUGUGAUUCGAAGUAAAUUAUAUUAAUAUUAGACGAAAUUUAUGAAGUUAGGAUUACUCAGAAAAAUCAAUCAUCAACUUGAAACAGGCUCUCAAAUUGAGAUAUACUAUUUAAUGAAGGCCGUGGGUUCGAGAAUGUGAUUUUUUUCGAUUCGGUUUAUUUUUAAUUUUUUAUGUUUUAUUGAUUAGUUUUACUACUAAACAUUUUUGAUUAUUCACCUGUUUCAUCUGACAUCUUUGUUAACGACGAUGGUUGCCAAUUUAUUUGAAAUACAAUUGAAACGAAAAUCUGUUGAGUUCAUACAAAAACGGUUCUGGAAUUCUUAACAAUUAGGGCGUGCAUGGUUUUGUAAUCGAACACUUUGAUGAACGAUUUCCUAAACCCAAGCAUUGUUGCAAACCUUUCAUAUACUUAGCUUAGAGGACUAAAGGUGACUACCCAAGGCUUCGGGUUCAAGAAUUUGCUUUCAAAAUGUUAGACUGCAAAGUCAUGAUGCCAUAAUAACUAAGUACUCCAGAUGUUGCUGGACAACCACAAUAUUUUAUUCCACGGUAUACAGAAAACAAGGUAGGCUCUUAAGAACAAUGACACUUCAAAUAUGACGCAUAUUUUAUCGCCACAUGUUGGAGAACAAAAGUAAGCAUGCUGGGACCGUAGAGCAUCGUCUCGGUCAAGCAUGUGCGAAGAUAGCAGUGACGUCACAUGUUUACAUUCAAACUGAAUGUUUACAUACGCGAUGAACCUGCCUUGUUUUUCGUAUGCCGUGAUUUUAUUCUAGUUUUUUUAGAGUUAAGACUUAGGAUCAUUGAAUCAUCAAAAUGGCCACUAAAAAAAACAUUUCGAACCUAGAACCACUACACAAAACAGAUAGGCAUCUUGCCGGGAAUGUGGUUCAUCUUUGAUUUUGAAACACUAGCGACCCUAGUGGUAGAAGACGAGCUUUACUAAACAAUGAGAUUGAGGAAGCGCAUGCUUUCGGUUUCUUUCUAUUUGGAUAAACCGGAUUAUUCGGCGAUUAUUAAUAUCGUUGAUACACAAUGAGUCCACUUUUAAACUUCUAUUAUUGUGUGUGGAGAAUUCAUGUUUAUCUCUGCAUCUAUUUGUUUGUCAUCGAGAACAACUGCUAGAUAUGCUAUAGAAAAUCAAAACAGCGCCUUAAUCUCCAGUAUAGUCUCGAACCCUAUGAAAAUUGAAUUUUAUGUAGUCGAAUUUCGACCAUAAGCAAUUGUGUAAAUUCAAACGAUAGCUUUUUAUACGUGUUAGCUAAUGCGGAACUGCCUACUGUUGAAAUAAUCCAUCUGCUUUUUUAAGCGGCCAUUUCAAUGAUUUCACUUCAGAAUAAUUAGGCUUUUAGUUCGUACUUAUUCAUACAAAUAAAAAGUACUUUCAAUAACAUGAAAAACAAAAAUCGACCGUACUAAAUACAAAACGAAGACGUAAGCUGCUGGCAGGUGAAAUGGAUGGGUGAUGUUUUGAAGGAAACCUACAUUAACUGAAAAAUGAAAUUAACAAACAAACUAGCCGCGGUUUUCAACAACAAACAAAAACUUUGUAUAGUGAGUAAGUGAAUGUUAAUGUUUGAUUUUAGUGGUUAGCGAAACAAAAAUGACAGAAAUUGCAUAAGGAAAUAAGUUCGAUGAAGAUGGUGAAAAAAAGCAGAAAACAAAACAUGGUUGCGAAAGAAAUUAACGUCACCGAUAAAAACAUGUCAUUGAGUAAAUGAAAAAUGCUAAUGAAACAAAAGUGGUGCAAUGGUUGAAAACAUUUCUAUAAGUUAUUUUUUUAAUUUUUAUACUUUGAACUUAGGCAACGUAACAAAAACUUCUCUUCGUGCUGCAUAAAGGGCCUCAUAAUAGAAAUCGUCUCAGAAUGUUUAGCCAAUGCCAUUAACGCUCGCGCAUUCCUUUAGGUAAUAUUGAUACAUAUCAGGAAUGUACAGAUAUCAGUAUACUCUUUGUCAUAAUGGCACAUGUUUGUCUAAUCUUUCCGAUAUCCAUGUUGAUAUCGCAUCAGUCUGCUUGAUGUCUGGAUAUACUUUGCAAAUAUUUGACGAUUAGACAAAGAGUGUACUGCGGGCUUACGGAACGAAGUCAUAUAACAGCAAAGGAUCAGAAUUUAAUGAGAAUAAAUUAUCGAAUCUAUUGGACAUCUCAGAACUUAUAACGGAAACGCAAAUCUCUAAAUGAUUGAGUCAAACUAUUAUUUUUUUAGACAUUUUGCCGGCGCUAAUACCUUUUGAACUACACUGAUAUAUACUGACUUAUUUGGCGUAUUUUGAUGACAUUAUUGAAUGUUACAUAUGGCGCCCAACAGAAAACAGUCAUUGGGCUAUCUUUAGUUGGCCUACGAUUCGAAUCGAUACCCGCAAGUUAAAUAAAAACACAGCUCAACGUCAAAUUACGACGUCAUGAGUUAGAAAAUAAUUUUUCUCAUAGUUGGCAGCUCUGAAUUUCUAUUGUAUUCGCAGAUUGAAAUGAUGAAAUCUUAGCCCAGUUAGCGAAAAUCUUUCACUAUAUAGAUCCUAAGCUAAGCUCUAAGCCCAACGAGUGACAGUUGACUGUGUACAGUUAACCGCAAUUUGUGAAGCCUGAACAGUUCCUUCCACGACAUUUUAGCAAAUUGCAUUGCUUCUUUCCAACAUGGUCGAUUAUAUACGAAAGAAAGCUUAAUUCAAAUUAGAUUUGGGUAACAAAUUACUUUAUCAUUUCAAUUAAAAUAGUUUUGAACAAAAUCCGAAUUUGUUGCGGUAUUUACUCUGUCUUGCUAGUUAAAAUAUGAAACUAUCCAAUUCGUAGCAAUUAAUGGCAACUUGGUCUACAUUAUUCAAACAGUUCCGGGAUUUCAGCUCAUAAUUCUAAUAUCUAUCUCUUCGAAUACAAAAGAAAGUCUCUUGCUGAGAAGGAUUAAUGAUUCAAAAUUUCUUUCUAACUACUGUAAACAAACUUAAGAAACUCAAUAGCGCUUGCAAAAUUCCUGAUAAAACAUGGUUACUCGACCAUCAGUCUAUUAAUUCGUUUCCUUUUCCAAUAGUCGAAAUUUUAGAAAAUACCUUAUCUCAUAAUUUAUUUACACAGAAGCAAAUAUGUAAAUAAAAUGAAUCUCCACUCGAAACACUCUACUUGAAAAGUACUUUGCUCCUCAUGUCUUGUUUUGGAGCUAAAUCACAUGUUAAGGAAGAACAGCUAAAACACUCACACACUGACACAAAAAUCCAUCCAUUAUUUUAGUUGCAAGUUUUAGCAAAAACCACGUGAUUUAAAAACACAAUACGCUCACUGUUUUGACUAUAGUUUUAACUCUAUAUCGUGUAUAUUGUAUAACAAUUCCCCUACAUUGUCGGAAAACGUAUGUAAAAUGUGUAUCAAUAGAAACCUCUCAACUUUUCCUCAACCUAAUAUGAUCUCAUCAGUUAAGUCGCAUUUCACUUGAAACUGAAUAAAUCUGUAAAUAACAACAUUUCCACUGUGUUCGCUCUACCGCAAAAUAUGAUGUUUUACUUGUAUACAACUUGAGGUUUGAUUUGCAAAAAUGCACUGAAAAUAAUGUAGAUCAACAAGUAUACUUUGUUUCAGUGUAUGCAAUUUUCAACCGUUGAUCACUCGACCGCAUAAAAGAGGCCGGAGUACGUGCAAUUUAGAAGGGAAGGUCAAACAUAAACGUAAAACAUAAAAUGGAGGAGGUCUGACGAAAAUGGACACAAUUUAACCGAAAGGAACCACGAGGAAAUCGUUCGAUUGUGCAAUAAAGAAAAAAAAUAGAUUAGCGUGAGCUGUACACUAAAAUAAAGUCUGUAGUUCAGGUGAGACCGUUUUUAAUUUUAUUUGUAACGAAUAAAAGUAAGAUCGCAUCGCGAUCGUUCAAAAAGAAAUCUUCCAGAAAACUCCGUACUAUCUUUUUCUCGAUAUAAAUUUGUUCAAAAAGUUCCAAAGAAACACCGAACUCUUAUUCAUUGAGCUAUGAGAAAAAAAAACAACUUAGAACUUUAACAUCAGUUGCCUUUCGGUGCGACAGAUUAGUAUAAACCAGAGUUUCGAAUAGUUCUCCUCGUGAACAACGGGAACAGUAAAAAAUAGUAGUGAAAUGGAAAGCAUAAACAUAUUUGAAACAUAGUACACUUAACAAAUCCAUAAGUUCACAUAAACCGUGAACCACAAAUUAAAACGAUCAGAUUACUUAUGGAAAAAACCUUGAGAUAACUCGUACGAAUGAAAAAAAAAAUGGAACAUGACACACAUACACAAAUAAACCAUACAAGAAUACUGUUGAAUGUUGAUUACAAACUAAGAAAAUUAAAAUAACUGAAUUCACUUAAGAGUUAUUAACAAAUUGGAACGAGGUGCAGCUGUCAUUCGUACGGAGAACUGUGAAUUUCAAAACGAAAUGGAUAUUAUUAGAUAAACAGUGGCUAGUUGCUAUGUGAAAAGCAGACAUUAUUUUAUAGAGAAUGGAUACCAAUUAAUUGGAAAAGACUCAAGACCAAAAAUGAAAAACUUUAAACUAGAAACGAACAUUGUUAGUAAAAUCCUGCUGAACUUGCCAGAUAAAAAUCACACCCUUCAACCCAUCCCUUUUCGAUGUACACAUCCACGAACAAAAUCAAUAAUUGAUUGCCAAACUACGAAUCAAUAUUAACAAAAAAGGGAGCUCCUAAUUCAACUAACAAUACCGAAAGGAAAAAUAAAAUAAUAAACUCAUCAAACCGCAAACCGACACGUUCAGCUAUGGAUAGUAGAUAAGAUGACGGUAUCCGUGAAACCCGUCUGUAGAUCGGUUACCCUACAUUCCUCCGUUCGUGAAAAGGAUGAAUAUAAAUGAUCCAAUACUGGUCAUCCGUGUUGGCAGAUCAUUCGAACGAACAUUAAGAACAAACAGACAUGACCCAGUACCCUACGAAACCCAAAAUUUGACGUUGAAACCGCAAAGCUCGACUCAAGGAGUUGAAGAAGAGAUAUGCAUUCACGAGCAUACCAGCAAGUGAAACAGAA